AUGCCUUAUCAGAGAGCGCUCCAAGCGGAAGAUCAGAAUGCGCGAGCACGCCUGCACAGACUUGUAGACCAGUCUACACGGCCAUCUCUAAACAAGAUUCGCGCAGUAUAUGGAAGUGGAGCAGAGCUGGCGUGUAUAGCCAAGCCGGUGGAAGAAGUGCAACGAUUGUCCUCUAUGACGGAUUCGUACACUGCGGACGUAUCAAACCGCUGCGACGAAGCUUCAGCACAACUGGAGGAAUGUGGUAUUUCAAAUGGCAAUAGCGAAUUGUUGAACUCGAUGGAAGACCUCUACAACGAAAUAUUGCAGGAAGACGAGGAACAAAGAGUGCCGUUAUUAAUCGCAUACGAGGAACUUUUGCACGACGUCGCCAACGUGCGAGAUAGUAAAAUGCUUCAAAUUCUAAAGUCUCGCGUGGUACGCAUGAAACAAAAAAUACAGGAUGAGCUCUAUAAAGCAUUCAACAACAAUAUCAAUACGACUCUAAAGAUAGUGUCGGAAAUUAGGAUGUUGGGUAUUUCGACCGACCACGAAAUAGCCGCAGGGUUCAUUAAAAAUCGCAGCGAAUACAUCUCGGAAUGUUUAAAAACGGUCCAAAGCUUGGCUAAGGAAAACGUUCACAGGGCAAUUCACGAGGUUACUCUCACGUUAAAAACUAAAAUACUGUCUAUCAUAGUCUGCUAUACAGCAAUAUUUGGUUCUAUGGAUGCAAAUGUAACGUCUCUCAUGAGGACCACCAUUUUCCAAUUUCUCCACCUGCUGAAACAGGAGUUGCACGAUGCGCAAACGUCACAACUGAUGCCGAAACAUGUCGCCGAUGUUCAGCAAGAAAUGGGGGAAAUAUCGCACUCUUUCGAGAGUUUCGGACUCUCAUUCACACCUCUGUUACAUGAGAUAUUCGCAACGUACACGGCAUAA